AUGUAUUGUAACAAAGUUUCGUGUUUUUUCUUUUUUUUUUUUUAUGACCAAAGCAAAAGGCCGGUGUUGGUUCUUCAGAAUGACUCUCUCUACUCCCAGAGGCGUCCAUACACCAGUGAAGAUGAAGCCUGGAAGUCCUUUCUUGAAAAUCCCCUUACUGCAGCCACCAAAGCCAUGAUGAGUAUCAAUGGUGAUGAAGACAGUGCAGCUGCCCUGGGAUUGCUUUAUGACUAUUACAAGGUUCCCAGAGAAAGGAGGACUUCAGCAGCAAAACCAGAUAUAGAUCACCCUGACCAAGAUCAUAACAAAAGGAACAGCCUCCCAAACAUGACAGAACAAUCGCUCAUUUCUGCUGGAGAAAACAGAGUUCAGGUUCUGAAAAAUGUACCUUUCAAUAUUGUUCUUCCUCCUCACACUACUCAAAUGGGCAUGGACAAGAGAGGCCACCAGACCACCCCGGAUACCACUGUCACUGUUUCCAUUGCAACAAUGCCCACGCAUUCAAUUAAAAUGGAAACGCAGCCCCAUGGCUUUGCCGUGGGUAUCCCUCCAGCUGUUUACCACCCUGAACCUCCUGAGCGUGUGGUGGUUUUUGACCGAAAUCUUAACCCUGAUCAGUUUAGUUCUAGUGCUCAGCCUCAGAACUCCCAGAGGCGCACGCCAGACUCCACCUUCUCAGAGACCUUCAAAGAAGGAGUGCAAGAGGUUUUCUUCCCUGCUGAACUAAAUCUGCGGAUGGCCAACAUGAGUUCAGAAGACUACGUUUUUGACAGCAUUUCUGGGAAUAACUUUGAAUAUACUCUGGAAGCUUCCAAAUCCCUUCGACAGAAGCCAGGAGACAGCACAAUGACUUAUCUGAACAAGGGCCAGUUUUAUCCCAUCACACUGAAAGAAGUCAGCAGCAGUGAAGGAAUCCACCAUCCUAUCAGCAAAGUCCGAAGCGUCAUCAUGGUAGUGUUUGCUGAAGACAAAACAAGAGAAGAUCAGCUCAGGCACUGGAAAUAUUGGCACUCACGACAGCACACAGCCAAACAAAGAUGCAUUGACAUAGCUGACUAUAAGGAGAGCUUCAACACAAUCAGUAACAUUGAAGAGAUUGCUUAUAAUGCCAUAUCCUUUACUUGGGACAUCAAUGAGGAAGCAAAGGUUUUCAUUUCUGUAAACUGCCUCAGCACAGAUUUCUCCUCCCAGAAAGGAGUGAAAGGGCUGCCCUUAAACCUUCAGAUUGAUACCUACAGUUACAAUAACAGGAGUAACAAACCGGUGCACAGGGCUUACUGCCAGAUUAAAGUCUUCUGUGACAAGGGAGCAGAGAGGAAGAUCAGGGAUGAAGAACGAAAACAAAGCAAAAGAAAAGGCAAGUGCACUGACCCCAGUUCUCAGCUGAACGCCUUUUCCGAUGUCAAAGUGCCAAUGCUUCCCUCCCACAAGCGGAUGGACAUCACUGUCUUCAAGCCAUUCAUGGAUCUCGACACUCAGCCAGUUCUUUUUAUCCCCGAUGUUCACUUUGCAAAUCUCCAACGUGGUGCUCAUGUUCUUCCCAUUGCCUCAGAAGAACUGGAGGGUGAAAGUUCCAGUCUGAAGAGAGGACCCUAUAUAACUGAGGAUGACUUUAUUGUAUCUCCCAAUAAGCUGUCUAGAAUAGAGGAACCAAAAAGAGUGUUGCUGUAUGUUCGGAAAGAGUCGGAGGAAGUUUUUGAUGCACUUAUGCUAAAGACACCAUCUUUGAAAGGCCUAAUGGAAGCUAUAUCGGAUAAGUAUGACGUUCCUUUUGAUAAAAUUGGAAAAAUCUUCAAGAAGUGUAAAAAAGGAAUCCUGGUCAACAUGGAUGAUAACAUUGUGAAGCACUAUUCUAAUGAAGACACCUUCCAGUUACAGAUUGAAGAAGCUGGAGGAUCUUAUAAGCUCACUCUCACUGAGAUCUAAGACUAACCCUAUUGACCCUCCUGAGAAUUUAAAAUGAAGGUCUCAAAUGAACACUUUUCCAUAAUUUAGUCGGCAGGGUAAAACACUAAUCGCUUUCUCUAGAAGAAACUGAGAGAGUAGAGUUCUUCCAGAGACUGGAGCAUCGUUUUUGUUUUUGUUUAAGGAAAUAAAUACACUUGUGUUUCUGUUCUUCCCAAAGGACAAAAUAAUGCUCACUAGAUCAGUGUACUUGACAUGAGGGAUCAACAAGAUCAGGUAUGAAAGAGUGCGUAUAAAGCAUUAGCGAAUGGGGGAGGGGGAAGCCCUGUAAUAUGGCUCUUGUAUUCUAUUUAUCGACUCAAUAUUCAUUUCGGCCUGCUAUUGCCUAAUAGUGUUUUCCUGGACUGUUCUCUGCUAGAUACAGCUGCAUAACUCCCAUUGAUGCUAAUGGGACUUGCAUGCGGGUUUUGGAGAUGAGACUCCAUGAUGUUUACUGCUGACCAAGGGACGUUGCUGAAAUUGCCUCUUUAAUUCUUUAAAAAUGUAAAACUGCCUUGCUUAUGAAGAACUCCCUCAAGUUACUGUGUGAACUCAUUUGAGAUGAAGCUGUAUUGUAUAUAAGUGCAAUAUAUUUUUGAAGGUUUGUAAAUGUGUACAUAUGAAUCAUAUAUAUAAUAUAUAGAUUAUAUAUAAAAGAUGGUGUUUGUGUAUAUACGCAAUGAGGCCCACCUAAAAGGAUACCAUACACAGGAAAGCAGUUUUUUAAUCUAGUUAUUUAAAAAAAAAAAACCCUAAUAUGCACCAAAACUGAACAUAUGUUUUAUGUUCAUAAAAUGCACAAAUAAUGAGUUUGGAGAGGGUUUUCCUAAACCAAAGCAAUGAAUGACACCUGCUCUACAGUAGUCCCUUCUGGGCAGUGAGGUGUGGUGGCUUGGGCUUCUGUGAUUAGUUUUCCCUUGCCUAUUUUGCUAGUGCUCUCCACCUGCAAUGACUUUGGUGUAUCUUCUGUAGACAGCCUGAUCCUAGGAGGAGCUGAGCACCAGUCACCUGUGAAGGCAGAGUUCCAAGGCCUGUGUUUCUGGGCAUCGGGCAAUCUCUUGGAGAUUAGGGAGAAAUUUCCCCUAUGGGUGCAUUAUUCUGUAGCUGCCUACUUUUAAGAUUUCUUGUGCCUUCCUCUGAAUCUGGUGCUGGCCAAAGACAGAAUCCUGGACUACAUGGACCACUAGAUGGUCUGAUAGUCUGAUGGUUCCUAUAAUCCUGAAAACUUGACUGUGCAGGUGCACAAAGGGUGGGGUGUUGGGAUGAGGCUAAAACAUCAGCAGGGCACCACAGUGGGGAGUGCAGGCUGGCAUGGGCAUCUUGCUCAAUGUGCACCAUGAGGCAUCAAACCACUGAGAGAAGAAACUGAGCAGAGGCAGCCUGGGACAGAAGCAGCUAUCAACUGGUAGCAAGGACAGUUGUUUAGGGUUUUCAAUUCCUGAUGUGCACUAAAUUACAUUUAUUUUUUUUAGGGGCUUUGAUCUCUGACAAUUUGUUGCCUCCCCACACCAGGCCUACUUUGAUCACUAAUGCCUUACAGCUCAGUUCAGCAUGGGUACUGAGAUUUGCUGACGUACUGUACAUUGUGUAUCUCUCUGCACUGUGUGAAAACCUCUUUGGGAUUGCUAAGUGCUGCAUGCUCUGUGUUGGAGUCUAAGGGCACCUAUAUGCGUGCAGCAAGGUUGCUCCGACGUGCUGUAAUUACAGCAAUUUACUUGAUUAAUAGAGUCUGCUGGAGCUUGGGAAUUGCCACUCCAGCAGACUCCAGCAUCGUGUAGCAGCAUCCCCUCGGUAAAAAAUGGCGGCAGGGAUACUUUAACUAAAGCUCAUUUGACAAGCUUUAGUUAAAGCGCCCCGCUGCCAUUUUU